UAUUUUCUUCUUGCUAAAUCACCUUCGUGCUUGUUAUCUAACGUAUGCGUUCGCCAUUUUCGGAUCUUUCUGUUCGUUCAGAUUCAUAUUUUGAAUUGAAUCAUUUGUUGAUCAGAAUGUCUGGCAAUUCCGAAUCAGAAAAAGAGCGAAAAUGUAAAAGAAGCGCAUGUUGGUUGUUCUAUGAUAAAACUCCAGGUGGAGGAUUUUGUAGGGUCUGCCACAAAGAAAUCUUAACUCAGGCGGGUGGCACGACAAAUCUACGAAAUCAUUUGAGACGUAAACAUGGCGAAUUAUGGACGGCUACUAUGGAAAAUCGGUUGGACCCAUCGACAUUAACUAUAAAUGAUCGCAGAUAUGCCGGUCAUAUUGUUACUGAAACUGUAGGAAAUGAAAUCACUUUAAAUAUUGUGAAGGCUCCACAGGAACCAGCACAAGAUAAGCCUGUUGAUUUCAGCUUUAUAACUAAUGCGGAUGGAGCUGCACCUUCCGAAGAAGAAACCAGUGAACAUGUUCCUGAACCCAGUACAGCAGUUCACACCAUUCAAGCAUAUAGAGAUGUGAAUGGGACCACAUUUCUUUAUUUGCAACCAGCUACUGACGGUGAAACGAGUGUACAAAUUCAAAAUGCACAAUUUCAACCUGUUGUUGCUAGUUCAGAAUCUAUUACUACCAAUGGCGAGAUAGUUUCGGUAGCUAUCCAAAAGGAACCUUCUGCCCCUGAAGUUCAAGCUGCUGACAGUGAAGCCCAGACUCAAGAAGAAGCUACUCCUAGGAGAGUAGUUCAUGCACCUGUGAAAAAUUAUCAAGGAUCUUCGGCUCCUGCCAGGGCUGCUGUUCGACAAGCCCACCGUCCUUCUCCUGUCAAAACUUCACCCGCUUCCAACUCCUAUAACAAUAAUUAUAAUAGUUACAAAGAGGACUCGUAUGAAGCCUUUGGAAAAUACAUUGCCUCAAUGUUAAGGAAUCUUCCUGCCAAAUCUGCUUGUAAAUUGCAAGGUGAAAUUGUGAACUGGAUUUUAAAAGAACAGAUAAAAAAUAAUAGUUGAAUUGUUAAUGCAGAGACACUUUUUGAUGCAUACCAUUCUUCAUUCUUUCAUUUUUGGCAUUUUCAAACAAAUGAUGCAGUUUGUUAUUCCAUUAAAUUCAUCACACAAUGAUGUCAUUGACAAUCAUUGCAUAAGAAUUUUGCCUUAUUAAAAUGAAUCUAACUUUUAAUAAUCUCUCCAAUUUAAUUUUAUUUGGAACAUUAUCAGUGUGGCAGCAACCGCUGGAGUAUAAAACGAUGCUUCUAAUAGUACUAUCAGAAUUGAAAUACGGGUUUUAUGUACAAAGAAAUAGAGGGUUUAUGAAGUCAAUUUUAUUUAUGUGCAAAUCAUUGAAUUGAUCAUUGAAUCAUUUUAAAUAUAACAAAAGAUACUUGAUUAUUUUUUUUCUGUUCUUUUAACUAACAAUUUGAUAUGUUUUAUAAAUUCUUUCUGCGCUUUUACUAUUUAUUGUUCAUUGAAAAUCAUUAUUUCCCCAAGCUGCAUUGCAAGCAAGAAAAAUAUAUUACAAUAUCUCAAAAUCCCCAUUGGAUUAAAACUCCUUCAAUUCUGUACUUAUAAGAUUAAAUACCUAUUUUAAAAAUACCUCUUAAUAAAAAGUAAUUGAAGUUUUUUCUGUUUUAUUUUAAAAAAUUAUAUGCAUUAGAACUUCUUCCAUGAAUUGAAAUGCAGAAUUGCAAGAGUAAGGCAAAAAUUAUUCACACUUUAUCUUAAUUAUUGGGAAUAAAGCUUAUAAGGAUAAGAAUAAAGCCAUUUCUGGAAAUAUUUUCCUACUUGUACUAGUCUAACAACUUUGAAAAUAAAGAUUUCUUUGGGAUAGCCAACCAUUGAUGUACAACAUCUUAGACAUCCCUUAUUAUAGAAAUGUCUAUCUACCUGUGCAUCUUUGAGGGAUAUAAAAAGAUGGAUAGCAUGAGAUUUGGAAACAUAAUCAUAUGCAAGAAGGAUGUUCUUAAACUUCAGAAUUUAACUGGUGGUUAGCUGAUGGUUGGAAAUGCUUGCAUUGUAAUGCAACAGAGCUACCUUUUGUAGCUGUAGACCUUGGAGUUUGGUUGUGAUUACAGAUUUCACAAUCCUUAUACUGUAUGUGGGAAACUUUGAUUAAUAUAGUUGCUGGAACAUCUGAUGGAAAAAAAAAUGAAUGAGAGUAUUUUCUGCUUUUUCUUGAUGCCUACUGCUAGCAUACACGCAAUAAAACUUUGUUUGUAUGUCCACAAUAUCAUUAACUAUGCUUGCAUUUAGAACAGCAGAUCUUCUCAUAAAAUUAUUUUUCAGGCUAAUGUGUGGAUAAUUUUUGACUUGCCUAUAUACUUGUUGUUUAUAAUGGACAAAAUCGUCAAUACAUAUUGAACGCUAAAUGAAAUUAUAUUUAUUAUGAAAUAUUUUAAUAUAAAAAUAAUGAUGACAAUACAUUCUAUAAGUUUGUAUUUUUAAAUCGGGUAUUAAUUUCCCCAACAGCAGUUCAAUAAUUUUCCUGAAUAACAUUUAAUUUCAUUGUUUAUGUUUGUUUCAUAAUAUUAAUAUCUCAAGAAGCAUUUUGUUCUUGACAAUUUUAUUUGUUUCUUUGUUUUCUACAUAUGCAGUUCUUAAACAAAACUAUUUUUUUAAUGUGUUUUAAUUUGUUUCCAUGCUGGAAUAUCUUUUCUGUUAAUAAAGCAUCAAAUAUUAUUUUGUUUUUAAAUCAGCAAACCAAAUGUGUAUCUAUACACAUGUUAGUGUGGAUAUUUUUGAAAUAAACAGUAUUCAUUCCAAAAUUCUUUAUUGUAAUCUUCAUAAUAUUUUUUAAAUGAUGAAAGAAAUGAAGUAUUAUUUUCUUAACAAGGAAAUUAAAAAUUUUAAUUAGUAUUUUGGGUUAUUCGAGUCCACUGUGGAAUGUAGAAUUGUAUGUAUCAUCUUUGAAUGUCUAAUCAAAGGAUUGUUCUCAUAAUAGGUACAAGGCUCAUAACCAGGUAAUUACGAAAUCAGUACAUAAAUGAUUUAUUUAGCAUUUUGUAGAAUCUCAUGAAAAUCAUUGGAAACAGAUAACAAAGCUUGGAGAGUGAAAGUUAGACUGAUUUUACUCUGAAGGAUAUGAAUAUAAAUUUUCAUUGUAUUAUAUAAAUGAUGUUUUCAUUGUUUUAUGUAAAUGAAAAUAAUUUUUACAUUUGAUUAUUGUAAAUACAAUACUACCUAGUGCCUGAAUACAAUACUGCCUAGCACAUGUUCACAUCCCUUAUUCUUUUUUCUUGUAUGCUAUUAAUUUGGAGAAAAUUUAUUGUUACUAAAAUAAAUUUUAUCUCUCAUA